AUAUGGAAACCUGGCGCUCCUCCUUCUUCUUCUUCUCCUCCUCCUCCUCCUUCUUCACUGCUGGGGGGGGAAAUGUCCCGAAAACAGUGAAACUACACCAACAGCCGGAAAGUGGAUCGUCCCUGGGAUAUUCAUCGCAGGGGAGAAAGCGUUAUUUUUUUGGACAGCAGACGAGGUAGUAGGAAGUGCUGGGAAACUUUGUCCGUGCGGGAGCUCACUGGUGUAGAAACCAGGGAGUGAAAGCGGAACUUUACUCUGAUCCAGGCCUGAGACCUACCGACCGCCCGCCGAUACCCGACCCCCUUCCCUGCAACAGGUCUCCUCCUCCUCCGAGAGAGAGAAGGACAUUCCUGACUUUUUCCACCACCUAUUUUUUCACCUAGAAUAUAUUUUUAUAUGUAUAUAUUUUUUUCUACAAAGUCAGAAUUCAUUUAUUUUCAGGACAAGUGAAUUUCCUUCACUACUCUGUACAGCAGACUGGCGUCAAAAUCUAGGAAAUAAAAGUCGAUACGAAUGAGAUACGAAGCCAAAAUGAUGCCGAUGUUCUUGACCGUAUACCUCAGCAACAACGACCAGCAUUUCACCGAGGUGCCCAUAACCCCUGAGACGGUGUGCUGGGAUGUGGUGGAGCUCUGCAAGGAGCCAGGCGAGGUGGACUGCCACUUGACGGAGAUGUGGCGAGGAUCAGAGCGAACUGUGGGCGAGAACGAGAGGAUGCUGGAGCUACUACAGCGCUGGGGCUCACGCAAAUCAGAGGUCCGCUUCUUCCUGCGGCACGAAAGAACCCCGGGCCGCGAGCCAGGCAAUGCCAGGGGGAUGGAUCAGCGGAGGAACGGCGUUAAAGGACCCCCAGAUCGAAGGAUGGAGAACGGGGUGGCUGCUCCACGCAUGGACAUGACUCUCGCUGAGCUGCAGGAGAUGGCGACCCGACAGCAGCAACAAAUCGAUGCGCAGCAACAACUCCUGUCGUCGAAGGAGCAGCGUCUGCGCUACCUGAAGCAGCAAGACCAGAUGAAGCAGCAGCAGGUUUCAGAGCAGGAAAAGUUACAGCGCCUCAGGGAGAACGUGGAUAAACAGGAGGCUCGGCUGAAGAAAGUGCGCGCCCUCAAGGGCCAGGUGGAGCAGAAGCGCAUCAGCAACGGAAAACUGGUGGAAGAGAUCGAGCAGAUGAACAACCUGCUGCAGCAGAAGCAGCGCGAGCUCGUGGUGGCGGUGUCCAAAGUCGAGGAGCUCAGCAGGCAGCUGGAGAUGCUAAAGAACGGCAAGAUGGACGCCGUGCACGACAAUCAGAGCGCCGUGGCGGAGCUCGACCGUCUCUACAGAGAGCUACAGCUGAGGAACAACAUGAAUCAGGAGCAGAACACGAAACUGCAGCAGCAGAGGGAGAACCUGAACAAGAAGAACCAGGAGGUGGCCAACAUGGACAAGCGUGUCAGCGAACUCCGCGAUCGUCUUUGGAAGAAGAAAGCGGCGCUGCAGCAGAAAGAGAAUCUUCCAAAUGGCUUCCCCGUUAAGGAAAAGGCUUCAAAAGAUACCCAACCCAAGGUGUCUUCUGAUGGACAGCCCCCUCAAUCAGGAGGUCAGUCUCGUGUGGCUGCCGUGGGGCCGUACAUCCAGUCGUCCACCAUGCCACGCGGUCCAGCCAGACAGGAUCUGGUGAAGCCCGUCUACCCCGAGGGCGCAGCCACACUGCCACAUCAGGACAGGAGUACCGGCACGGUGUCGGCACCGGCCAAACCUGGCACAGAAGAAACGUUCUUGCUUAAGCCGCUGAAAGAACUGCGGGCGAAGAGAAAAGGUCUUCCGACGUCAAAGGCACCUAAAGUGUCUGAUUGGAGCUCAUCUCCCACAGGUUCUACCACCAGCCAUGCUUCCUCCACUUUACCACGACUGCCAAGCCAAGCGCCUCAAGAGCAAGCUCCAGACGACACAGACGUGUUGAAAAGAGGACAGCAGGACCGAAAGCGCCCGAUCUCCAUGUUUGAAUCCAGUGAACAGUCCACAGCCUCCCUACGCAAGAACCAGAGCAGUGAGGACCUUGCGAGAGACGCCCAGAAUGCUGCCAAAAACCCGGUUAAAGUUCCCCCUCCCGUUCCAAGCAAACCUCGACAGGUCAAUCUGCCCUUCCCAAAUGCGGGCACCUUUCCAGGCAAGGGCAAACUGAGCGGCCAGCAGCAGCGCACACCUCUUCCACCCACUCAGAGCAACACACUUCCACUCCCAUCCAAACAGGAAACCCCACCGGCUGCCACUGUUCGACCUUUUACCCCGGAGCCCAAGGAGCCCUCUAUCCAGAAACCUCAGACAGUGGCAGCCAGCUCCAUCUACUCCAUGUACACAAAGCAGCCAGCAGUAAGCAAAGGCAUUCAGCAAGGCAUUCAGGGAGCGCUGAACCGGUCCCACAACCGCUACAACUUUGUCAGCAUGUACGGGAAACCAGUGAUCCCCACAGGCCAGCAAUCCCAGUCACCGCAAAUGGACAACCCCUACAUGGAGCGUCCGAAUGUCCCCGAAAUGGAGACCGACCAAGGCACGAACGGCGCUCCGGCUCCCGAGAACCAGGAGACCGAACGAAUCCCGCGCCCGCUUAGCCCCACCAAGCUGCUGCCCUUCAUCUCCAACCCCUACCGCAACCAGAGUGACAUGGACCUCGAGGCGCUGCGCAAGAAGCUCUGCAAUGCUCCGAGGCCUCUUAAAAAGCGCAGCUCCAUCACCGAACCUGAAGGUCCUGCGGGUCCUAACAUGCAGAAACUUCUCUACCAGAAAACCACGCUGGCUGCCAUGGAAACCACAGUCAGUCCUCCCAGACCUGCAGAAGAAAAGAGCGCAUCACCCGAUCCGGUCAACACAGAGCCAUCAGAACCCGAAUCCCCCGAGCAGCCGCUUACUGACCCGCUGCCACCUAUACACGUCCUGAAAAUCGACGGCGAGGACUUCAUACCGCCCCCGCCGCCGUCUCACCCUGCUCCUCGCCCCGAAGACGCUCUCCUAAUCCCACCGCCUCCUCCUCCUGAGGUCGAAGAGCAGCUCCCGUUGCCUGCUGAAAGUUAUGUAGAGGAGUUCCCUCCCUAUCCUCCUCCUCCUUAUCCAAGCGGUGCUGAGCAGGAAGCUCUGGGGGAUGACACAUUAAACAUGAAGCCACCAGAGGUCAUGGGACAGGUUCCUCUACCACCAGGCAAGCGGACAAAUUUGCGCAAGGAUGGAUCGGAACGCAUCGACCAUAGCAUGAGGGUGAAAUUCAACCCCUUGGCUUUGCUUCUGGACUCUUCUCUGGAGGGAGAGUACGAUCUGGUGCAGCGAAUCAUCUACGAGGUGGAAGACCCCAGUCUGCCCAAUGACGAAGGGAUCACAGCCCUACACAACGCCGUCUGCGCCGGUCACACAGAGAUCGUCAAAUUCCUCGUACAGUUCGGAGUCAACGUCAACGCUGCUGACAGCGACGGCUGGACUCCGCUGCACUGCGCCGCGUCCUGUAAUAACGUCCAGGUGUGCAAGUUCCUGGUGGAGUCCGGAGCAGCCGUGUUUGCCGCCACCUACAGCGACCUCCAGACGGCCGCGGAUAAGUGCGAGGAGUUGGAGGAAGGCUACACCCAGUGCUCGCAGUUCCUCUAUGGAGUGCAGGAGAAAAUGGGCAUCAUGAACCGUGGUGUGGUGUACGCGCUGUGGGACUACGCGAGCGGCGAAGACGACGAGCUGCAGUUUAAAGAGGGAGACUGCAUGACUGUGGUGAGGAGAGAGGACGAGGACGAGAUCGAGUGGUGGUGGGCACGCAUGGGAGACAAGGAAGGAUACAUUCCCAGGAACUUACUCGGGCUAUAUCCAAGAAUAAAGCCACGACAAAGGAGUUUGGCGUAAUUGGCCCAGGAAUGGAGGAGGAACCUGCAUGAAUCUGUAGGACAUCAGUGGGGAAACAUACUAACAAACACAUGAGCGCUCACACACACACACACACACAACACAGAUGCUGGUUCAAGACUCCGAAUCGAAUGAAGAGACCAAAACCAUGAAGGAUUUUUUUUUUCCCUCGCUGCAGACACUGCACUUUUUCUAUUCUGUGGUUUUCAUCUUUUUCUUUUUUUUGUGUGUAGAUCUUGUGGAAUCUUUUUCACUACAUUGUUUGAAAUAUAGUUUUAUAUAUACAUACAUGCACGCACACACACACACACAGGGCUCAGAAUCCUUUUCAUUUACCAAAUCAAUACACUGUGUAAGUGCUGUGGAUAAGCUUCCUAGGUUUUUUUUUUGUCCUCCUCCGUGUAACAGUGAUUAAAUAGAGUAGUUAAUGAAAAAAAUCUCCACAUCAAUGGAGACGUGAGUUCACUUCCAAGGGCUCUAGGUUUGUUCACUGAAGCUCUUCAACUUUGGUUAAUAAGAACUCAGAGGGAGUGCUAUUACCGCAUGUCAGUAUUUUUUUGGUUCUUUUUUUUUUUGGCCUCAAGUUGAAGCAAAUGUGACACAAUAAUUCUGCCCAUUCUGUUAAAAAUCCUCUUUUGUACAACAUGUAAUCCGAAUUUGCUCUUUAGGUUUUGAACACAUUGUUCUUCAGUUACUUAAUCAGCAUUUUUCUUCAACUGUCUCAAACGUUUUUGCAUAUCAGUUAUAUAUAUAUUCCAAAAUGUUACAUAUGUCAAAGCAACUGUAUUUAUUGUGCCUAAUUUUUCAUCUCCAUGUCAUGUGUAACUUCAACAAUUACAACACUUUAAACACUA